UUUUUUUAAAAAAAUUCAAAUUCAUUUCUUCCAAGAAAAAAAAAAACGUAAAAAAUUGAAGAAACAAAAUCCCAACGACUCCUGGCAUUUGUUUGCUGCUGUUGAAAAUCGUCUUUGGAUUGCUUGAAGAGAAUUUGAGGCUGUGAUCUCGAUCUAGACUGACUGAAUUGUGAACUUCCAUGGGAUUCCAAUGUGUGAAAUGUGUCAUCUUUGAGGGUCUGAAUUAACAGAAUUGGUCAGGGUUGUCGUUGUUGAACUUGCAAUUGGCCUUUUGUGUGGAAUGCAGGAAGAAAGAGAUCUCUUCAGUAUGUGAUGGUGAGGAAUUCCCUUCUUUGUACUGUAAAUUUUGCUUGCAGAACAACAGGAAAGAAGCUUCACUACAGGACGGUAUGAGUCCUUAUGCAACACCUUUGAUCAGUCCAGCAAUUUCAACAACUACCUUUGAAAGCUGCGGUGAGUUUUCUGCUGAUCUGAACUUGCAGAGAAGGUAGGUGGUGGUUAUGCAACACAGUCAUGGAUCAUGGAGAUGGAGCUUUGGAUACCGGUCAAGGGACUGGGCAUUUAGAAGAUGGGUGCAAUGUUGUGAAAAGGUCUGGCAACUUUACUCUGUCUUUCCCACCAAUGGGGGGAAUUCAUAAAUCCAGUUCAAUAACAGUGGGAAAUCUUGAGGACAGUAACGGUGAGAAGGCUAAGUUGAGCCUUCAAGACUACACAUCAAAAGAUGUUCAAGUUACAGGAGUUGAUGAUGAUUCAUCAGGAGUAAACAAUGUGACUGAAAAAUCAAUUCGAUCGCUUACAUCAUUUAUGGAAAGGGUUGAACUUCCUGAGCUGUUUAGUAUCGAAACAGAUCCCCACAUCUGGCAACUUCCCGAACCAGAAGACAAAGAAGACGACAUUGGGUGCAGCGUGGCUAAUAAUGAUGAUGAUGACGAAUAUACAGACGGUACCAAAUGGGUUCAAUCAAGCUCUUUGGGUAGCAUUGACGAUGAAUUUGGCAGUAGUUAUAGGUUUAAGGAGGAACGGCAGAAGGCAAUGGUGGAGGUAAUGAAUGGCUAUUUCAAGGCUGUCGUAGGCCAGCUUCUUAGAUCUGAGGGAAUAGAUUUCUCAGAGGAGGCUGGUGAGAGUUGGCUUGAUAUCAUUGUUUCUUUAUCAUGGGAAGCUGCUACACUUGUCAAGCCUGAUGCUACUGAGGGCAGACAGAUGGAUCCUGGAUCAUAUGUGAAAGUAAAAUGCAGUGCAUCUGGUUCGCACAGUCAGAGCCAAGUUAUCAGGGGUUUGGUGUUUAAGAAGAAUGCUGCACACAAGCAUAUGCCAACCAAGUACAAGAAACCUCGGUUAUUACUGCUUCCGGGGGUGCUCGGGCAACGUGCAGAUGGAUUGUCAUCAUUUAAUUCAAUGGAACAGGAAAUGGAUUAUCUGAGGACUUUCACAGAGAUGAUAGAAAUGUGCAAACCAAAUGUAGUUCUGGUGGAGAAAAAUGUUUCCCGUGACAUACAAGAGUCCCUUCUGGUGAAAGAAAUAACAUUAGUCUUUGACAUGAAGCUUCCACGCUUGGAGAGAAUUUCUCGGUGUACUGGUUCAAAUAUUGUUCCCUUUGACGAUAGUUCAUUGGAUCCAAAGCUGAAACAAUGUGAUUCAUUCCAUAUUGAAAAAUUUGUGGAGGAACACAAUAGUUCUGGUGAAGGUGGAAAGCGCCAAAGUAAAACUUUAAUGUUCUUUGAGGGUUUUCCAAAACCUUUGGGUUGUACGAUUUUGCUACGUGGAGCCCACAGUGAUGAAUUGAAGAGAGUUAAAUGUGUGGUUCAGAACGCUGUCUUUUUGGCAUAUCAUUUAAUCCUGGAAACUUCAUUUCUGGUAGACCAAAGAGCAAUCUUUUCUACCGUCCAAACUGUCGGAAUAGGAAAUGGUUUUCCAACAGAUAAAGAAUCACCGUUUGUCAGAUGUGCUAGUUCAUUUAAUUCAACUAUGGCUAUUGUCGACGGGUAUUCUGAUGGUGUUUCUUCAUCACAUACUUCAGACAUUACCACUUCUAAUGGUUACCAAGAAAAAUCUGCUAAUGAAGGAUCAUACCACAGUUUCGAUUUGGAUUCCGCAGCAAAUUCUAUAUCAUCUGUAGCUAGCCCUCAUGUUGAUUCUUUUGAAGGUGGUGUUAGGCAAAGUGCUUCAUUUGACAAUGCAUUGAACAACAGAGAAAUUCACCAUCUGGAGACAUCUCAUGAGCCACUACCCACACCAGUUCUUCCUGGGCAGUUAUUCUCAUCAUUGUCGGCUUCUCUUAAAAGGGUUCUUGGAGAAAGCUUCCCUCAUGUCCCUUCUGCUUCCUACCAGUCCAUUUCUGCAUAUUUCAGCUUGAAGGAAAAUGAUCAAGACAAUCAGAAUUUGGGCCUUUUCUCUGUUUCUCCAUCUCUUGAACCACUUGAUGAUGAGACAGAAGCAAAUGGUGGAGUUGACAAAGAGAAGUCUCCUGAUGGCAUUUUUGAUAGAGAAGAAGCUGUGUCUGUGCCAUCUUCUCCUGAACUCUCUGUGGGACACUGCAACGCUGAUAUUCGUAAAGAAGCCCAACUGUCAGAUAAGGAUGAAGGCUUAAACGUGUUGGAUCUUCAGUGCAUUUUGGUUUAUCUGUCGAGCCGGCGUGGCUUGAAAGGGACUGUUUGUAAGCAACACCAGCUUUUCCGUAUAAAGUACUAUGGGGACAACGACAUGUCCCUGGGACGUUUCUUUCUCCGCUACUUACUGAAUCAGCAACACUGUUGCUCCGAAUGUCUUGAACCACCAGAAGCACAUGUGUACUCAUACACUCAUCAGAAUGGGAAGCUCACAGUACAUGUCAAACGACUUCCUCCUGGGACGCUUUUGCCUGGUGAAGCAGAAGGGAGGCUUUGGAUGUGGACCCUUUGCUUAAAGUGCAAGCAAGAGAAUGGUAUGCUGAAACCUACACGGAGAGUGGUGAUGUCUAGUGCAGCGCGUGGUCUAUCACUUGGAAAGUUCUUAGAACUUAGCUUUUCAGAUCAGUCAGUUUCUAGUAGAUUAUCCAGCUGUGGGCAUUCACUGCACCGUGAUUGCCUUCAUUUCUACGGAUUGGGCUCCUUAGUUGCAGUGUUCAGCUAUUCCUCUGUCGACAUCUACACAGCAUGUAUGCCACCACCAGUUUUGGAGUUUAGUAAUCCGAAUGGACAGGACUGGCUAUAUAGUGAGGCUAAAGAUGUUCUUGAAAAAGGACAUUUACUGUUCAUGGAGGUUAUGAACUCACUGCAAAAGAUAGUCUCCAGAAUCUCGCUUUCAAAGCAACCUACGAACCUUGCAGGUUCUUUGAAAGAACUAUCCGAGAUUGAAGAGAUGUUGAGACAAGAAAAGUCUGACUUUGAGGCAUCUUUGCAAAAGGCUAUAAAUAAGAAAGGAAAGCUGGGACAAACCGUGCAUCAGAUUCUUGGUUUGAAUCGUUUAAGCCACGAACUUCUACUAGAAUUGUAUGUUUGGGAUCGCCGCUUGCAUGCUCUUGGGUUGUCUACCGGAGCUAACAAUGGCACUCAAAACUCAGUGCAUGAAGAGCAAUUACAAUUGCAUGAGGAUGCUGCUGCUGGUAGAGGAAUUGAAAAUACAAAUACAGUGGAGUACAGUGAAAAAAAACUUGAAGAUCCCAUUCAUAUUGCUUCCAUGAAAAAUGAAGGAUCCUUAUCUUUUGAUGAUUGCUCCCACAUUGGAAACCUUAGCAAUGUAGAAGUGGAGGUCAAACCCAAGAUGGUGGAACCAUCUCUUUCAGAGGAAAAUGCAGCUAAACAUAUUCAAGUUUCAUACCCCUUUUCAGCUGAUAUGGUUUUAGAAUCUGCGGAUUCGAGCAGCGGAAUCCAUAAUUCUAUUGAUGCCAAUGCUGCUGAGAAGCUUUCAGUGGAACGAGUUCUAGACCUGUCUGCUAGACUGUGCGAUCAAGCUCACUCACUCAUCUAUGAUCAUUCACAGACAAGCGAGGCUAUCCCAAUUAUGGCACGCUCUGUAUCUGUCACUGAUGUAAAUCAGAAAGCUGAGACAGCUAACAUCUCAGCAUCAGGCGAGGCGUCUGCUAACUCGUCAUUCAAGGAAUCACAUCUAAGUUCUUUGCCGCCCGACUUAGAGGACUCGGAAGGCUGGGUGUGGACACCUUUCUCAGAAACUCGCAAGGCAUACCGGAAGGAUCUCCAGAGAGGAUACUCACAGAAGUUUGAAUUUAUCAAUAGCUAUACUCCUGCGUACCUUUCAACUGCGAAUCAGCUGAUUACCCAAGAAAAGUCGAGGUUACAAUUCCCAGUCGAUUCAGAAGACAAUGUUGUGUCCGUUUAUGAGGAUGAAUUUUCAAGCAUAAUUGCCUGUGCUGUAGCGUUACUGCAGGACCGGUAUAGUUCAGGUGAAAACAUAGCUGAAAGAAGUAGUAGGAAAGAGAAAGAAGGAGAGAUGGAAAAAUCAAUUGAGAGUCCAUAUGGAUCAGUCUCUGACUUUUCUAUGAGUUACCGUCAAUGGUCCUCAAGUGGGUCUUUAGAUCUAGAAGGAAUAAUUUCGUCGCAGAGUGUUUCUUCUGAUGAGUCUGUCUCGGGUUCUGAUGGAUUUUUCAUGGCAGACACUUUGCUAUCUUCAAAGUCUCUCCACCCAGAAAUCCCUUUAGGGGUUGGAAAGUUACCGGGUAAAAGUAAAUAUUCAGUAGUUUGCAUAUUCGCAAAACAGUUCUACGCUCUUCGGAGGAGGUGCUGUCCAUCGGAACUCGAUUACAUCUCUUCCCUCAGCCGUUGUAAGAAGUGGGAUGCUCAAGGUGGGAAGAGUGGAGUUUACUUUGCAAAGACAUUGGAUGAUCGGUUUAUUGUAAAGCAAGUCAAGAAGACUGAACUUGAUUCGUUUUUGAAGUUCGGCCCAGAGUAUUUCAAGCACAUUUCUCAUUCGUUGAGUUCAGGGAGCCAAUCGUGCCUCGCGAAGAUUCUUGGGAUAUAUCAGGUCAUUAUUAGACAAUCUAAAAGUGGCAAAGAAGUGAAAAUCGAUCUCAUGGUGAUGGAGAAUCUUUUCUUCGGUCGAAAUGUUUCACGCGUGUAUGAUCUUAAAGGUGCUCAUCAUCGAUGUGCUUCAGAUGCAAAAGGCGCUAAAAAAGUUCUUCUAGAUCAGAACUUUGUUGAUGACAUGCUUCUCUCUCCUUUUUAUGUCGGUGGAAAAACUAAGCAUCUCUUGCAAAGGGCAAUUUGGAAUGACACAUCCUUCCUUACUUCGAUCAAUGUCAUGGAUUACUCUUUACUUCUCGGAGUGGACAAGCAGCGCCAGGAGAUCGUAUUUGGCAUCAUUGAUUAUCUGAGGCAGUAUACCUGGGACAAACAUCUUGAAACAUGGGUGAAGGCUUUUCCGAAAAAUGAAUUGCCGACAGUUGUUUCCCCAAAAGAAUACAAAAAGAGAUUCAGAAACUUCAUGUCCAAUCACUUCUUGACAGUUCCGGACCGUUGGGGCUCCGACCCAUUUUCAGGCCCUUGCAAGUCUUGUCGCAAUGGCAGUGAUGGAUUGUUCUCAACUAAAUAAAUAAGAUAAAUGUGCUUGAAUCCAUGCAGCCAAUGCGUCAUCUGUUAAAUGUUUAUAUAUAUAUUUUUUGGUUCUGUUGGUUUUGGAAAGACUGUCCAUAGAUGUUCUUCACAGAUUAUUUGUCCCCAUUUUUUGCGAUUUUUUAGCAAUAUGCCUGGGGUAAAGGUCUUAUAUAUAGGUCCACGAAAUCAGUGUCCAUCCGUAUUUUUAUUAUCGUCGAGUUGUUCAACAGAGGUUGUAAAACAUUGAAAAUUAUAAUGAUACGUAUGUUUCUUUGGAAACAAA